AUGGGUGUUCUUCAAGGUGGAAUGAAAUGGCUCAAAUAUUGCACCUUUUUCUUUAAUUUCAUCGUUUUUAUCGUCGGUCUCUUCCUCUCAGCAAUUGGAGGAUAUCUCUUGUAUAAUUUGAAUGUGUAUGCGGGCCAGUUUGAAGAUAUGACCAAGAUCGUUCCAAUAGCAAUCAUUGUUCUUGGAUUUAUUAUUCUUGUCGUUGGUUUCUUUGGGUGCUGUGGUGCUUGCUAUGAAAGCCCUUGUAUGCUGAUUACGUUUGCAAUUAUCGUGGCCAUUCUUCUAUGUCUCCAAAUAACGGUUGCAGUAUUUGCUUUCUUGUACAAAGACGAGACUAUGGACUUUUUAUCUAAAGGUGUUGAGCAAAUUUUCAAUCAUCCUGACCAGCAAUUAAGACGAACUCUCGAACAGCAGCUUGGAUGUUGCGGUUUUAAAAUGCCUGACCCAACUUGUGGAUUUUCCACUCUCCUGAAGCCUUGUUGGAAUGUCAUUACUUCGAAAGUUAAUUCUUCCAUCUAUGUCAUCAUUGCAACUGUCGCAGUACUUUGUCUUCUCCAAAUCGCAGCCAUUAUUGCUGCCUGUUGUCUUCAGUCUAAGAUUCGAAGCUACUCCACUUAUUAA